GGCCUUUGUUCUGUUGGAAGGGCCUUUGUUCUGUUGGAAGGGCCUUUGUUCUGUUGGAAGGGCCUUUGUUCUUUUUGUAGUUGGUGGGGCCAUUUUGUUAUUGCUGGUGGGUGUGUGCUGGCUCUGAGAUGGGGGCUGUCUGCGAAAUGGGGCCGAGCAUUUCGCGGGCCUGGGGCGCUGGAGGUCUGGUGAUUUCGGCGCUCUGGCGGAACGAGGCUCUUGCCGCAGACCGUACUGGUUUGGCGGGGCUUCUGGGUAUGGCUUUUUGGGUGUGGCUUUUUUGUAUGAGUCUCCUGGGUAUGGCUUUUUUUGUAUGAUUUUCCUGGGUAUGGCUUUUUUGGGUUUGGGUUUCCUGGGUAUGAUUUUCCGGGGUAUGAUUUCCUGAGUUUUCGUUCUCUCUACUUUUGGG